CAUUUUAAAAAUAUGUCUUAGUGAUUUGAGUUACUUGUCAAUUUAUUGAACUUGAUAUUAGGCAACUGAUGAGUUCUGCGCUCGUCUUUUCUCCCAGCCCAUCACAAUCAAUUACAGAAUAAUCGAUCAGAAGUUGAAAGUCCGCUUCGGUUUGUCUUAUUUUCUGCAUUUUCGCGCUGUUUUCUCGGUCUCUGCGGGAAGCUGCCGCGGUAUGACAGCCGACCUGCCUUUCUCCUCUCGCCGGUCUCCCGUGCUGUGCUUGCACGGCUGCGUGGCGUCCAGUCAGCCGCUGGCCACAGCCGUGGGUCUGGAUGUCCUGAAGCGUGGCGGGAAUGCUGCAGAUGCGGCUGUUGCCAUGGCAGCGGCUCUGGCGGUAACGGAGCCGUGCAGCACUGGACUCGGCGGCGAUGCCUUCUGCUUGUUCUACGAUGGAAAAACUGGAGAAAUCCGAGGGAUUAAUGGCAGUGGUCGUUCACCUCGAACUUUGACCCUGGACUUUCUGGAAGGACUCAGCUACUCAGCAGAAGCUCCUCCUUCGGCGUUUGAUGCUUUAAAUGUGACUGUCCCUGGAGCUCCUGCUCUCUGGUGCGACACAGUCCAGUUGUUUGGAAGCCAAAAGCUGUCUUUGCGGGAGGUUUUGAGCGGAGCGGCGACCCUGGCAGAAGAGGGCUUUCCGGUUGCCGGGGUAACGGCGCACCACUGGGAAAAGUGGGCGGCGGCUUUGGGCGAGUCGGGGAAGGAACUGGGGGCGGACCUGCUGAUCGGCGGCCAUCCACCCAAACACGGAGAAGUGUUUAAAAACACUGCAAUGGCUCAGACCAUAAAGGAGCUCGGUGAGCAAGGCAAACCGGGUUUCUACCAGGGCCGAGUGGCUCAAGCUAUUGUUGAUGUCAUCAACCAGAACGGAGGGGUCAUGACCCUGGAGGACCUCAGCAGCCACGACAGCGAGGUCGUCAGCCCCAUUAGCACAGAAUACAAGGGCGUGCGUCUGUGGGAGCUUCCUCCCAACGGUCAGGGCUUGGUCGCUCUGCUGCUCCUCAACAUCCUGGAGAACUUUCCUCAGCUCAAAGCUGGAGGCCACAACAGCUCAGACUACAUCCAUGUGUUCGUGGAGGCCGUGCGUUUGGCACAAACGGAUGCCUUCCGUUACCUUGGCGACGCCGCCCAGGUACCCGUCCCUACGGAAAGCUUACUGGCGAAAAGCUACAGCCAGCAGCGGGCGCGGCACAUCAGCAUGGACAGGGUGAUGGCGCGAGUGGAACCAGGUCUGCUGACAGGAAGUGAAACGGUCUACUUCUGUGUGAUUGACAGUCAGAGGAACGCUUGUUCGUUUGUCAACAGCACCUACAUGGGGUUUGGGACUGGCCUGGUCCCUAAGGACUGCGGCUUCUCGCUACAGAACCGAGGUGCCAACUUUUCCCUGCAGCGCGGCCACGUUAACUGUGUUGCUGGAGGGAAGCGGCCGUAUCACACCAUAAUACCUGCUCUCCUCACCGACUCAGAAAAACCCCAACUGCUCGCUGCCUUGGGGGUCAUGGGGGCCUUUAUGCAACCUCAAGGACACAUCCAGGUCCUGCUGAACAUGGUCGAGUUUGGGAUGAACCCUCAGCAGGCUUUGGAUGCACCGAGAGUCUUUGUGGAAUACGAUGACAAAACUGGUCAGUGGUUAGUUAAUUUGGAGGAAGGGAUCGACCAGGAAGUGGCUGAGGAGCUGAAAAGAAGAGGCCACAGAGUCAACUGGCCUGUUACAGGCCACCAGAGGGCUCAGUUUGGGCGUGGACAGAUAAUCACUGUGGGUGAUUGGUGGAGUCACUCCAUCCCUCAAACCGGUUCUCCACCCAGGGUGCUGUGGGCAGGAUCAGACCCCAGAGCAGAUGGAUGUGCUCAGGGAUACUAAUAUCAGAAAGACCAGAAUAUUCAGAAUCAUUUCACUGCUAAUUAAUACAAACAAAAUGUGUUUUUCAUGAUAAUUCUGGUUUAAUUCCCUCUUUUUUUAAUAGCACUCCUAUUUUUAUUCUGUUUACUUUGGUUUUAUGAUUCAACUAAAUGAUUUUAAUGCUGGUUAAUAUUUGACAAACAGCUGGGUUUGUAUCAGACGUCACAUGGCACCUGGAUGAGGUUCAAAGUACCUCACAAUUACUGGAUGCAAUCAGCAGAAGCAGAUCUGCAGAGUAACCAAGGGAUAUUCUCAAUAUUUCUAUGAAAGAAAACCUGGUGAUUGAACCACUGAUGCCACAAAUUGUUGGACUCAAUCAAGAAAUAAAAUAAUAAAUAAUAAUAUGAAAGUGCUUUUUCAUACUCUGUACACAAGUCCUUGUGAUUGUCAGUUUAUUUUUUAAGGAUUUUUUACAAGGAUCUAAAUUACAUAUUUUUCUGUUUGCAGUGGCUACCCCAUAGGGGGCAAAUGGGUGCCAUGGUACCCUGUAGAAAAAUGUUGGCCACCCAGAGAAUCAUGUUCAGGUCAUAGAAAGUCUUACAUAGUCAUCUUCUUCAAUCAGGAGAUAAAUGUAAAACACAAUUAAUAGAUACAUUUAUAAAAUUUUGCAAACUUCAAAUUAUACAAUUAGAAAUUUUAUUAAAAUUGGAAAUUAAUAGAUAAAAAUAUAUAGGGGAGGCCAAUAAAAAAUAUAUAUAUAAAAAAGAAAAAGAAAUUAUAUGUUUCCUUUGGAAUUUGUGAAGAAUGUUUAUUUUUUUUAUUGGCCCAUUCUGAUACCUUUUUUGGGAGAAAGCACCAUUGGUUGCUUGAGUUUUAAAAUCUACAUCUAAGAUUAUUUGUCAGUGAAUUAUUCUUCUUCUUCUAUUGAAACUUAUGUUAAACUUGUUUAGAAAUGCCAAAUAAACUAAAGUGUACACUUGUUUAAAUCUUCUUUUGCCAUCUGAAUCUUUAUCUGAACUUUAUGCAGCUCGCAAUAAGGUGCACUUGAGUUAAAAGUGACUAAUACUCCCUCAUUAGUUGACCCAACAACCGGCACGAAGCAGGCAGAUAUUUUGUAAAGUAGAAUUUGAUUAAAUAACCAAAGUGAAUCAGAUUUACUUACUGUAGGUGACAAAAAGAGAGAAAAAGCACCCCAUGUAUGUAAACAUCUAAAUAAUCUUCAUUUAUUAUGUAAUUUCCCUGUUGGCGCUGGAUUGUUUCACACAGUCUCUACUUGAGCAUAAAAUCUCCCCCAUGUUGGACUUUGUUACCACGGUAAUCUCCUUACAGAUCCAAACCCAACCUGGUACGAUCCGUUUACUCUGCUAACGACUCACCAACAUAAUCCAGGCGACAUAAUUUGCCUGAAACGGCUCUUACUCCGGCGUCCCUUAUGUUCAGCUUCAGUUAAAUGGACAUUAAAUGAUGAGUUUGAGAAAUAUAAAUAUAUACAUCUUUUAUCGCUACUGAUGUUCAACACAUUAAACUUCAUCCUGCCUGUUUGGAAGAAAUACCUUAAACCUUAUUGUUUCUUUUUGUUUUAAUUCACACAUGUGUGCGUGUGUGUGUGCGUGUCUGAGAACCAGGUUUUUAUAUCCUCUUGGGGACCUAUUUCUGUCUAGAUUGUGGGGUUGUGGGGACGCUGCUCCUUAUGGGGACAUUUCUUGAUCCUCAUGAGGGGAAAUGCUGUUUUUGGGUUUGGGGCUAGGUAUGUGAUGGUUAGUUAUGGUAAAGGAUAGGUAUGUGAUGGUUAGUUAUGGUAAAGGAUAGGUAUGUGAUGGUUAGAGUUAGGCUGUAGAAAAUGAAUGGAAGUCAAUGUAAAGUCCCCACAAGAUGUGAAAACACGACUGUAUUUGCGCACACACACACACACACACCCACUCACACGCACACACACACAUACAUAUAAUCUAAAUAUUACAAUAAAGUAUUAGGGCCACACUGAGAAAAUAAAAAGAUAAACUUAUGAGAAUAAAGUCAAAAUUACUACAAUAAAGUUCUAAUAUUACCAAGUUGUAGUUUUACGAGAAUAAAGUUGAACUAAUAAGAAUAAAGUCAUAAAAUUAUGAGAAUAAAUUCAAAAUAAUAUGAGAAUAAAGUCAAAAUUUGGGAGAAAAAGUUCUGUUACGAGGAUAAAGUCGUAGUUUUAUGAGAAUAGUCUUAAUAUUAUAUACAAUAAUAUUAUUUCGACUAUUUUUGUAUGACCAUUCUUGUAAUAUUAUGACUUGAUUCUCAUAUUAUUACAACUUUAUCCUCAUGUUAUUUUGACUUUAUUUUUUCCUUCCUUUGUAGCCCAAACACUCCAUCAUAAAUCCUGUUUUCUGUGAAUAAUUUAAGUAUUAUAUCAGAACAUUUUGCAAACUGCCGCACCAGAAUAAAAGAUAAUAAAGUCAUAAUAAUACAAGAAUAAAAUAGUACUGUUACAUCUUUAUUCUCAAAAUAUUGUGACUUAAUUCUUGUAAUAAUACGACUUCAUUCUUUAAAUAUUUUUACUUUAUUUUUUAUUAUUUUGACUUUAUUCUUGUAAUCUUAUCUCAAUUUUUGUCUUGUAUUUACGUCAUUACACAUGUCAGCUGUUUCUUCUGAUUCAAGUUAUUUUUUUGUCUGAUUUUGUCUCUGCUGACUAACGGCCUGAGAGAAACUCCAUCAUCCUUGUUGGACUUUUUGUUUUCCCGUUCGUUCUGGUCUCGUCAGCGUGAACGCGUUUCCUCCUUUGUCAUGCCAGAACCCCCUCCACCCUUUAACUCCAACACAACCCGCUUCCUGCCCCUUCAGCUGUUCCCCUCCUCUCCU